AUGGAUCGCAAAAAAACACUUAUAAACUCAAGUGUUUCUAAUAAUAACAGUACCAUCAAGGGCCUACAGUUAUUCAUUGCAGAUCUUCGUUCUGCACAACAAGCACAAGAGCAGGAAAAGAGAAUACAAUCUGAAAUUGUCAAAAUUAAACAGCAUUUCGAUGCUGCAAAGAAAAAACAAGGCAAUCACGACAGAUUAGGUGGCUAUCAAAGAAAGAAGUACGUUGCCAAGCUAGCCUAUAUAUAUAUUACUUCUAAUACGACAAAACUAAAUGAAAUUUUAUUCGGGUUGGAGCAAACGGUAGAGCUGUUGAAGUCCAGCAUAUUUUCUGAAAAAUUCAUUGGAUAUAUGACCCUUGAGUUGCUUUAUGAACGUAGUGAAGUUGUUGCCAAAGUUAACGAUGAGGUGAAUUAUCAACUGAUGAAAGAUCUCUCUUCUUCCGAUGAUAAUUUCGUAAUGUUGGCGCUGAAUUUUGUUGGUGUAGUAGGAGAACUUACGAACCGUCUAGCGUACAACGAUGAUAUCACAACAGGAGUAUUCAAGAUAUUAAGAUCACCGACCUCCUCCAUUUAUCUCAAGAAAAAAUCAGCAUUGUCAUUUCUAGCACUAUUGAAAAGUAAUCAUUCUAUACUGACCGAAGAUUUACAACGUAAGCAACUAUGGAUACAAAGGAUAUUAAGCUUAUUGGAUGAUACGGAAAACUAUAGGUUAACUUUAGCUACGAUUCCGUUAAUAGAAUUCAUUGCAAAAUACAUUGAUCCCAGUUACUGUACGAGACUAUUACCACAGCUAACAGAAAUUUUGUACAAUUGUGUUGUUGUUGGUACUUCAAGAUCUAGUGACAAUCAGUUUCCGUUAGAAUAUACGUUCGCGAAUAUGCCAAAUCCUUGGCUUAUCACAAAAGUUGUCUCUUUGUUGAGCAUAUUGAUUGCCUCACCAACUGAGAGGGAUUCUGGCUCAUUACUACAAACCAACAACAUAGAUAAUGAAUUACUAAAUAAACUUCGAAAGUGUGUUUCCGUUGCCAUCGAAUUAGGAACCAGACAAGCUCAAGAUCCCAUGGAACGUAUCGUCCAAAACACAGUAUUGUUUUCAUUGAUCAAUUUCGCCUCUAAGCUAGAUCCGUCGGAUGAAGCUAUCAGCAAUUCUGUGACAGCCUUAUGUUCCCUGCUAACAUCUAAGGAAAUUAAUAUUCGGUAUUUAACGCUAGAUUCAUUGGUCAAAUUAUGCUCAUCAAGCGGGAAACCUGCAAUUGAUGCCGUUCGUUACAAGAAUUUGGAUAUGAUUUUUCAUCUUUUGAACACAGAAAGAGAUUCAUCUAUUGUUAGGAAGGUUGUUGACUUGUUAUAUACCUUUACUGAUGUUGAAAACGUUAAGAUUAUUGUGGACGGUUUACUGCAGUAUAUUUUAUCUCCGAAAAAUCUUGCUGAACCGCAAAUAAAAUCUGAUAUUGCAGUUAAAAUAGCUAUUUUGACCGAGAAAUAUGCCACGGAUAUCAAUUGGUUUGUAAUUAUUUCGUUGCAGUUGCUAUCAUUAACUUCAAAUACAACUAUUAACGAUGAUGAGAUCUGGCAACGACUAUGUCAAAUUGUAGUGAACAAUCCAUCUUUACAUAGAAUAACAUGUGAACGGUUGGUGGACUAUUUAUGUAAAAAGCAAGCAUCUGAAGCUAUUAUUAAAGCUGCGGCUUUUCUACUAGGGGAGUACUCAAGUCUCAUAACAGACAGGAUUUCAAGCGCAAAUUUAUUUACUUUGUUUGCCGAGAAAUAUUUUAGUGCACCAAAUGUGGCUAAGGCGAUGAUAUUGACUACGAUGAUCAAGUUGUACAAGACCUCACCUGAGAUCGGCUCCAACGUCAUCAAAUUUUUCCAAUUGGAAUUGAACUCUCUUGAUAUUGAGUUGCAAACAAGAUCCUUCGAAUAUCUCAACAUUAUUCAACUGGCUAAGGUGAACGGAAAUACAGAUAUUUUGCAAAUUUUAUUUGAACCAAUGCCGCCUUUUAACAGCAAAUCUAAUCCAUUAUUGAAGAGAUUAGGGUCACUGCCGGCAUCAGCGGGUAGCACAACUUUAAUAAAUACACCAUCCGAAGCAUCCUCCUCCACGCCUGACUUACUAUCAAAAAGAGCAAACUCUUCCAGGUCGAUCAUGGUUCCCAUGCCCCCACCAUCUCGUAGGAACACCAUUGAUGAUGUAAAUUCCAAAAUUAGUUCAUCUGAAGACUUUUCAGGAAAGGACUCUUAUUAUUCAAGGCAGAUCCUCGCUCCAAAUUGGAGGGAAGGUUUCACAAGAAUGAUUUCGCAUAAGCAGGGUGUGCUUUUCACAUCAUCUUUGAUGAAAGUUUUCUAUCGGAUAACCACUCCUGAUGCACAACAGCCAUACGUGUUUCAUAUAUCUCUUGCCUUCAUUAACCUGACUGAGUGGGAAAUCACGGGAUUAUCCACACAGAUUAUCCCUUCAAAAACGCAAGGUAAUCCUGAGUAUUUAAUUAUGAAUAUUAAUACACCUUCUACUGCUACUAUUGGGCCCCAUAAAAGGGCAGAGCAAAGCUAUGAAGUUUCAAUAAGAAAACCUUUCGACGUUGAAGAUAGUCCAAUUUUGGCAAUUCAUUUCAAAUGUGGCGGUAGUACAAACACUAUCAAUUUGAAAACUGCCAUAGGCAUGACUACAACACUAAUUAGCAGCGAUGUCAAUCCUAGCAUGCAUUUGAAUUUGGCACAGUUCAUCAGCCGUUGGAAGACUUUGAGCGAUGCUUUGGGAAAAGAGGGAGAAUACCAAAAAUCUGGCAUAAAGCUCAACAAGGAUUUUAGAAAAGUUGAAACAAUCAGUUUAGAAGACGGACUUCUACUAUUGACGCAAACAGUGAAGAGGUUGGGCUUUGAUAUAGUCGAUCAGACCAGUGUUCGUAGUACAUUGUUUGUCUCGGGUAUUAUUCAUACGAAAAGUGAGGGAAACUUCGGUUGUUUAAUGAAGAUACAAUACCAGGUAAAUGGAACAGUUAAUGUUACCUGUAAAACAACGACGGCCGGUCCCCUGGCGAAGUACAUUGUCGAAUGUAUAAAGAAUGUGCUUACGAAGUAA